AACUGGAGGCUGGCUUGACUGCAAUGCUGGAAUUGGAGGCUGGCUUGACACCAGUCCUUUAACGGGGUGUAGCUUGCUGUAGGAUGGAGCUGGAGCUUUUCACGUUUUGCUCGUUGACAGGUUCACCGCGGAGGUCACGUGGUCCGAGCAGUCAGCUGCUCGCUGAGGUUCGGUGUUGAUGUCACCGUUGGCGUCUGUCGUUUUAAAACCAGGCUGCCGACAUUUUCGUUAAGGUGAGAGCGGGAAACUUAACCAGCAGUCAAGCCCUGACAUGGCCCCAACUCUGUACGAUGAGAAACCAGAGCUGGGAGACAUGAUUGAGAUCUUGCGUGGCUCUUAUCAGCACUGGGCCAUUUAUGUUGGUGACGGAUUUGUUGUCCACUUGGCACCACCCUCCGACGUCCCGAGUGCGGGGUCCAGCAGCGUGAUGUCCGUCCUGUCUGAGAAGGCUAUAGUAAAGAGAGAGAAGCUGUGGGAUGUGGUGGGGACUGACCAGUGGGUUAUCAACAACAGCCUGGAUAAUAAGUACAAACCCCGUCCGGCCGAUGUUAUUGUGCAGGAGGCCUGUGCGCUGGUGGGCCAGGAGCUGUCCUACUGCAUCUUCAGAGGCAACUGUGAGCACUUUGUCACUGAGCUUCGCUAUGACAAGGCCGAGUCCCGGCAGGCGCAAAAGGCAGGAGAGAUGGUGAUGAUUGCAGGCGUCGCUGCAGCUGUGGGUUUUGGGGUUGUUGCUCUGGCGGGAGCUCUGUUUGGAAGAAGCAAAAAGGAGAACAAGAACACCCAGUGAUGGAGUCCAUGUCGGCCUCUUUGAGACCAGCAAAGGCCCACGUCUCAUGAUUAACACUAAUUAUCCUAAUCAACAUCAAACCGGUUCAAUCCCGCUUUUUCCGUCUCCUCUAACUGCCCCUCAUGGGUUUGAGAAACAAAAGUGGUGAGUUUUUCCAAUCGUCGCCCCUCAGCUUCAGGGUCUUUAGAUUUUCUACACAGAAUACAAAGCUGUUCACUGAUGAAGGUGCCAUGUUUAUACAGACAGAUGUUUUAAAAUAUUUUAAAUAUAUAAAUAAUGUACACUGAGAUGGAUUUUUGUAUUUAUACACCUUUAAAAUUUUAAAUGAAAAACUGCUUUUGACUAUAUGAAGGAAAAUAUGAAUCAAAUUUAAAAGUAAAACAGUGAAUUUCCAGUGACGAUUUCUUAACGUUUUCAUAGUUAUUUGAUGUUCUGUCGUAUAAUGAAAGCAUGUCCACUACUCACAGAAAGGUCCUAAGAAGCCAUUGUGUCUUCUGACAUUUAACUGUAUGCUAAUAGUUUAAUAAAUGAUGUAAAUGUG